CAGGGGAGCCGCUCUACUGGUCAAAGCUAAGAAGGAAACAUUUUCUACCUUCGAUGAGUUAUUGGAGAAGUCUGAAAAGCCUUUACUCGUCGACUUCUAUGCAACUUGGUGUGGUCCGUGCCAAUACAUGGUUCCCAUACUUCAAGAAGUGCAUGAGAAGAUGAGUGACAAGAUUAACAUUGUGAAAAUUGAUACAGAGAAAUAUACAAGCAUUGCAAAUAAGUAUAAAAUUGAAGCAUUACCAACUUUCAUUGUCUUCAAGGAUGGGGAACCUUGUUAUCGCUUUGAGGGAGCGUUGCCUGCUGACCAGCUAAUCCUGCAGAUUGAGAGUGCUUUAGAAGCUCCAAAGUAGCAUGUGCAUGUAUUGUCAGCAAGGAAUUUCGCUCCCUGAAAUAGCAUGUGUGAAGAAUGUCCUCCUUAUGGAUUGAUCUACCAACUAUGUGAAACGGUCUGAAAUCUCGGUGUACAAAGAUAUGGAAGCGCACAUCUAGAUGCAUAUUUUAAGUAUGUUUCUUCUGUGUAAAUUCUUUCAGCGACUAAGAUUUUGUUUUGGAACUGAGCCUCUGGUGUUCCAUUUGCCUGGUACGGAAAAUUACCAUAUCCAUAUUUAUCAAGUUGAAAUCUUAAGUGCUGAA